CGCUUCCGGUCCUGCCUUUGGCGCGGAGCUGGAGCGUGAUGGCGGCCGGAGGCAGCGACCCUCGCGCCGGCGAUGUGGAGGAAGACGCCUCGCAGCUCGUCUUCCCCAAAGAGUUUGAAACAGCAGAAACUCUUCUAAAUUCCGAAGUCCACAUGCUUCUAGAGCAUCGAAAGCAACAGAACGAAAGUGCAGAGGAUGAACAAGAACUUUCAGAGGUUUUCAUGAAAACUUUAAAUUACACUGCACGUUUUAGUCGUUUUAAAAACAGGGAAACCAUUGCCAGUGUUCGGAGUCUGUUACUCCAGAAAAAGCUCCAUAAGUUUGAGUUGGCCUGUUUAGCAAACCUUUGUCCUGAGACAGCAGAAGAGGCUAGCUUGAUUCCAAGCCUGGAGGGUCGAUUUGAAGAUGAGGAAUUGCAACAGAUUCUUGAUGAUAUCCAGACCAAGAGGAGUUUCCAGUAUUAAUACUAGGAACCCAGCCCUUCAGUGAAGAUAGAAGAGGAAAUUUCCCAAAAUUCCUCUGCAGCUGAGAAGAACCCGGACUCCCUUCAGAGACCAUGCAGAAAUUUGGUCACAAAAGUUGGUCAGGCCUCCUGUGGACAAGGCAAUGCAGUCUUGCAUCAACAAGUAAUUCAAACUUGUGAACAAUUGUAAUUCUGAUUGACUCUUUGAAUAUUUGAGAUGUGGCAAAGGCCAGGAAUGCCAUUGACUCUUAAAGGGGCUUUGGGAUGAUUUAAUUUAAUGAAGGGUUUUCAGAUGAGGUAAUGGACCAGUACCUAGAUGUUUGCAUCAUCCUCUCCAUCUCUUCUCUUACAGGGAAAUAUUAAGGGUAAAGAGUGAGGUGGGAGAAUUUAGCCAGUAAAUACAUAUGGCAUGUUAUUGACUACCUCAUAUCACUGAAUUUGGCACUUCAUUUAUAUUCACAUUUCUGGUUUGAAUUUCAAGCUAUUGUGAAAUGUUGACCCAAAUUAGAAUAUAUAAAAAUAGCUUGAGUUUAAAAAAAAGUAUGUCAUAUAUAAAUGAUGGAAGGAAAAAAUCAAAGUGAACCUAUACCUGAGUGUUUGAAAUUCAAAAAAACCAGAAAAACUGAACACCUCACAAUCGUGAAGUACCAAAAAGUCAAUUUGGCCAAAACUCAGAGGGAAGAAGAUAGAGAAACUGCUGGUAGUCUUAGGGCAUCACUGUAUAUAAGUUCAGAAGAGCCUUGAUUUAGGAGGCUCAGUUUGGCCUCUCUCAUAUCCUCAAGGCUUUGAGGUUUUGGAGCAGGAGGGAAUUUGUGGGAUUUACUCUUAUCUGGCAGCUGCUCUGGAAAAGGGUAUUUGCUGAGUUUAAGCUAGUCCUUAAUCCUGAUUUUAAAUGCCAUUCAAUUCACUGUAGGUUUGGUAUAUCACAGGAAGAUAUUGGGGAGGGCCAGAGAGAAUGAGACUUGAUUCUGAUUGAGUCUUCAUAAUAAACUAAGUUUGGGACAGGUUUCUAGUCCUAAAUUUUAGCAUUGAUUUCCGAAAGGUCACACAAAUAGUUUUUGCAAUUGCUUCUCCCAAACCCUAAAAUCUUUUACUGUAAUUUGAUCUAAUAAUAGGGGAAUGGGUGGAUUUUGUAUUGGGUAUCCAGUUAAUUGUGUAAUUCCUAAGAAGUAGACUUACUCUAGGAAAUAAAAUUAUUUUUCAAUAAAGUUAUGAGAACCUGCAUUUUA